UCAGUCGUCUGUUAAGAAACGAUUCGAUACAACCUGCGUUUUGAAAACUAUAAAGUGAAAUAAACGAGGUUUUCGAUAUUAUUCCUAUUUUAUAAUAUUUGAUGCAUAAGCAUGUUACAUGUUUCGUUGAAGGAUACUAAAGUAAGCGAAGAAUUUUCGGAUUUAUCAAGGAUCGAUGGGAUAGUCGAUGAUCCAUUGGAUCUUUUUAGAUCUUGGCACAAAGAGUCGAGAAAAUAUAAAUAUAACUUGCCUGAUGUUUUUUGCCUUGCGACAACCUCCAAAGAUAAUAAUGUUGCUGCAAGGAAUGUUGUUCUCAGAGAAUUUGAUAACGAUGGUUUUGUACUUGUUACCGAUCAACGUAGUAGAAAAGCCUCGGAAUUGGAUAGCGUACCACAGGCUGCACUAUGUUUCGUAUGGCUUUACAUAAAUGAUAAAGGACAAAAUAUUGCACGACAGGUAAGAGUCGAAGGUCCAAUGAAAAAGUUGAAACGAUCAGAAUUUAAACACCUUUACGACAGAGAACCACUCUUUUGCAAAAUUCGAUCCCAUUUGUGUCAUCAAGACAAAGAAGUUGAUUGGGACGAAUUAAAACGAAGACACGAUCAAAUUUUGGAAGAGUAUCGAAGAGGAGAAAAUGAAUUACCAAUGCCGGAUCACUUUAUCGGAUAUAAAUUGUUACCGACAAUGGUAGAAUUUUAUUAUGCGAGGGACGAGCUUAUAGGAGACAGGGUGCAAUACAACAGAAACAGCUUGACCGAAGGAUGGCAACAUCGCCGAUUGGCUGCCUAAUAUUCAAAUACAAAUUGAAUAACAAAACUAUUUCAUUAUUUAUUUCUUUAUCACAAUUCCUGUAAUUUUUAUUUUAUUACAUGCUUCAAAAAUGAGAUUAAUAUUUCUAUAUACCGAGCGAUACAAAAAUCCGAAAUAUCAUUGUUGUUUGUAAAGGCACGAAUAAAAAUUUGCUUAAAAAAAAAGAAAAUACAA